AUGGAUAUGAGGAGUAACGGCGAGAACGACGACGACGCGUUGCAAAGAAGAAAGCUCUCACUACUCGUGUUCUGGCCUCACGUGCACGCGGGAACAGUUUACUUCGACAGAGACGGCGAGCUGAAGAUGUCUGUCGGGGAAAAAAAGAACGAUGAUGACGAAGGAGAGAUAUCGCGAAAGGUGUUCUUUCAGGAGUACGAAAAGACGCUGUCAAAAGAAACGCAAAUGGGAAUGCUCAAUAGUAACUUUUAUCACGAUAAAGGAGAAGAGGAGUUCUCGAUUUUAUCGCGUUUCGCGUGCGCGAGAGUGUGCGUGAGCCACGCGAAAAGAAUCGAUUGGGCGUGUGAAAUCUUAACGAACUCUUCUUUCUCUUUGUCUUCGAAUACGAAGAAGAAGCAGAAAAAGAACGAGACGAUGACAUCGAUUCAGACGACGACGAAAAUGAUGUUGGAACGAAUACGAGAGAUUUUGGUGGGCGAUGAUGAAUAUUACGACGAAGAGGACGACGAUUCAGACGACGAAGAUGAUGAGGAUGCAACUAUAAAACUGGAUCCGAUGGAGUUAGCGAUGGCGAGGAUGAGCGGGAAACGAGAUGAGCGAAAUCGCUCGACGAAGAUGAUGAAGAAGAAGAAGGAGAAGAAGGAGAAGAAAAAAGUAAGUUUGCGACGUCGCGUCCAAAUAAUAAACGAGUUCGAUGAAUACAUCGCUCGAAACGGGCCAAACGGCGGGUACGCUAAUUUCAUCUCGUAUUGCGCGUUUUGCGGGUAUCCCGACGGCAUCGAGCGAGCGAUUGCGUAUCGAAAUCGUGCGAAGAUACUAUUUUCUUCCUCGUCGCUCUUUUAUCGAGGCUGGCGAUGGCUCGAGAGAUUGGACGACAUCGACAGAAGGUUUGAUUUUUUUACCGAAACGAGCCCGAAUGCUACGAAUAAAGAGGAAAUAGUACUUUUAUUUCGAAUACAAUUGGCAAAGUUUAUAGAAGCCGUAAUGAUAUUAGGCGAUGAAAUCGAAGCGAAAGAGGAGCACGAAUUAACCGUCGCCGCGUAUCGUCGCAACGUGAUGAUGAUUAAUAAAAAAAAGAAGAUCAGAGUGAACUCGUUAGAUCAGUUAUUGGAAGGCACGACGUAUAGUAUCCUCGCAGAUAACGCGAGACGGUGGAGCACAUAUUUGUACGCCUACGCGACGCCAACGGUGGCGGCGUUAAAAGCGUUGAAACGAGUCGGCGAGAAAAACGAAUGGCUUGAAAUCGGCGCCGGGAAAGGCGUUUGGGCGAGAGCGAUGCGACGGUUCGGCAUUCACAUCACCGCGACUGAUGCGAUGCCAGAAGAUGGUAACGAUUACCAUCUCAUCGAGCAAGAAUCGAGCAACGAGAGAAAUAGAAGUAUAGUUCAAAAGAUGACGCACUUGGAAGCCAUUAAAAAAUACAACCACCGCGCGAACGGAUUGCUCGUGUGUUAUUGUCCUCCAGAUUCAAACAUGGCUUCGACGUCUUUAAGGGCUUUCAAAGGCGAACACGUCGCCGUAAUCGGUGAAGAUGUGAUGAACACUGGCGAUGUCCAAAUGUUUAGAAUUCUUAACGAGCGGUUUAAAGUUCUGAAGAGAGUGUACUUACCUCAAUGGAUGGAUACGGUGCAUCAUCUCACCCUUUUCUCUCGAAAAACAAAGCGCAAACGGGAGAAGAAAACAAAGAACACGAACAGGAACAUUAUUUACGUUUUCUACCGCCGGUGA